AUGUUUCCAUUCCUCAAUGGUGGAUAUGGCAACUUACCCAAUUACGCAGCUCUCAUGGCAUCCUUUGGAUUGAAUGGGCUUGGAGCUGGUGUCAAUCCACCGCCCCCGCCCGGGAACACUAAUGACGCUGCAGAUGCAGGAAAUUCAUCGAAUGAACAGCCAACUGAGGAAAUCCCUUCCGCUCCGACACCUCAAGAAAUGCCACCCUGUCAAGCUGAGAACGCUGGUCCGUGUAGCCCAAAUUCACAGGCGAGCAACUCUAACGAAGAAGUGCCUCUAUCACCCAGUAUGAGUUUUGAAAGCGACGGGAAUGUAAGUCAGAACGACAGUGUAGAGUGUAGUGACCAUCCAGCACCAAAGGAAAACGAAAUAACGCCAGCGACGGAGCCUUCAGCAGUGGUUCGAUUGCCUUCUAUCAUUAAGGAACAUUACGGAAGCAAAGGAGACGUAAUAAGAAUUACUGGCGACUGUUAUAAAGACACGGUCGUCUACGUUCACAACGGUCGUCUUGUUGUUGUCUGUAAAGAAGACCGAGAAUCAGGAGGAAAGAACAGUGGAAUUAUGAUGACAAGAAAGCUUCCUGAGAACGUUGAUAUCAAUAAAGCAUGUUGUUGCCGAUCAGAAGAUAACAAUACUCAAGUGCUGGAGAUCUUUCUGCCUUCGUCGGCACCUCACUAA